ACGCAGAUCAAUGAAGCAGACGAUUUCCCGAAACUGGUUGGACUGGACGAGGUGGGAAUAAACCUUCAUCUUCAUCAGGCUGGGAAAAAAAAAUAAUAACCAUCCAUUUUUUUUUGCUUGUGAGAGCUACGUGAAAAUAGUGCGAUGUGGAAAAUUACAGUUGUUCUGUAGCCUAAUAGAACCGCAUUACACAGUGUUAUUAUUUUUGUAUUGUUGUUACACGGACAUUAUCUUUUGAUUCAACGCCGAUUCGAGGACGGAGGAAUUAAUGAUGAUCUUUGCGAACACCGCCAAUCCGGUCAGGACUCCGUACCACCGGAAGCAGCCUUAUGUUGCUCCGCCCACACAUCCUAUGGCUCCGCCCAGCCCAAGCACCAAUAGCAGCACGAAUAACAGCAGCAGCAACAGCAGCACGACCGGAUGGGAGCAGCUCAGCAAAACCAACCUCUACAUCCGCGGCCUGCCCCCAUCCACCACCGACCAUGACCUUGUCAAACUCUGUCAGCCGUAUGGAAAGAUCGUCUCCACAAAAGCCAUCCUGGACAAGACCACAAACAAAUGCAAAGGUUACGGCUUUGUGGAUUUCGACAGUCCCGUGUCUGCACAGAAAGCCGUGGCGGCGCUAAAGAGCAACGGAGUUCAAGCUCAAAUGGCAAAGCAACAGGAGCAGGACCCGACCAACCUGUACCUGUCCAACCUGCCCGUGUCCAUGGACGAGCAGGAGCUGGAAAACCUCCUGAAGCCUUUCGGACAGGUCAUCUCCACUCGCAUCCUCAGAGACGCACACGGCAUGAGCCGGGGAGUAGGUUUCGCCAGGAUGGAGUCUACAGAGAAGUGCGACGCCGUGAUCUCUCACUUCAACGGGAAGUUCAUUAAAUCUGGAAUGCUGGGCGCGUCGGAACCGCUGCUCUGUAAAUUCGCCGACGGAGGCCAGAAGAAGCGUCUGGGUCAAACCAAAUACGUUCCCAACGGACGAACCUGGACCCGGGACGCCGAGGUGAGACUAAGUGGGAUAACGUUGACCUAUGACCCCAAUGCUGCUGCGCUCCAAAAUGGGUACUACACCCAGCCCUACAGCAUGGGGAACAGGAUACUGACCCAGACAGCCGUGUCUCCGUACAUCUCACCCGUCUCCACUUACCCGGUUCAGAGUCCCUCCUGGAUGACACAUCAGCCUUAUAUUAUGCAGCAUCCGGGAGCUGUUCUGUCGCCCUCUAUGGACCACCCUAUGUCCCUGCAGCCGUCCUCCAUGUUGGCUCCUCUGACGCAGCAGAUGGGCCACCUCUCCUUAGGCGGCACUGCCACUUUUAUUCCGACGAACACACCUAUGCAAGGAGCGUAUAUUCCUCAGUACGCUCACAUCCAGGCGGCUGCCAUCGCCAGCGAGGAUCCCAACGUCCAGGCCCAGGACAUGACCUCCAGCGAUCCCUCCACCUUCCCAUACCAACCGAACAAGCAAUAAAAAAGGUGAGCAGUUGGGGAGGCGGAGUCAAAAGAGGGCUACUAUAACUACAGGCUUAUCUUCCUCUGAACAGGAAGUGACAUCACACACAGAGGGAAAAAAAGACACCUUUACUUUGCACAGGCUCCUACAGAAAAAAAAAGAAAAGAAAAAAAAUACACGUAAAAAGUCCACGGUUUGAAUCAACUUUAACAACCUCAAAGACCCGCAGCAGGUGCAUCAGCAAACGCAACAAUGCAACUCAUCACAGACAGACGGACGGCUAGACGGACAGACGGACAGCAUAGGAGAAGAGAAGUACCUUUUAUUUUGCUAAAAAGGAAACAGGACGAACGCUUAUUUUGUACCAAGGACUUCAGGAACAGACCAAAGUCUGUGAACACUGGACCCCAAAAACAAAAAAAAAGGAAGAAAAAAAUUUUUAAAAAAAACAAAGCAAAAAAAAUACACGAUGCGGUGUGAUCGUACCUUUAGAUGCAUGAGAGGACUUUUUAGUAUGGUUUUUAGUGUGUUUUUACUGACCGUUUCUCUCUCUCUCACACACACACACACACACAUACACACACACACACACACACACACACACACACGAAUACACAAUGCUGUGGUAGUAGCGAUGGGGAGGUUUCUUUCUUUCUUUUUAUUUCUUUUUGCUUUUGUCUUCCGCACUUUGCCUUCUUGGUCCGUAGUAACAGACAUUUUUGCCUUGUAAAUACCGGGUUUAGAUUCUAUCGUUUGACGGCCGGCGUCGCUCUUCUCUCCUGUCUGUCAAAGCGGAUUAAUAAAUCCACACGCUUUACUGUA